AGUCAGCUGAUAUUCAGCACAUCCGCCUGACCUGCUAGUGUUUACAAAUCAGCAGUCAGUCAUCAGAAUGAGGGUCCCUGCAUGAUCCAGACUGAAACAUCCUCGCCUUCCGGGUCUUGACUUAGGAGAAUCUCGCGGCUGUGUCCCCAGGCCGCAGCCAUGCAGCACCCCAACUUUGAGACCCGUCACCCACUACAGACAGAUGAGCAGCAGGAGACCGGUUUCGACCCGCUGUACAAUUUCAACAAGAAUCGCAGCACAGGAUCUCUAGACAGCAGCUCCUAUUCCCAGCCUGAGUCCACCUUCCUCUCAUACAGAAAAGAAUGGGACGACUUGUUCCUCAACAGUAAUUACCUGGCCAGGAUCCGGCAGGCUGGUAUCAAUGGUUGGCUGAAGAGUAGUCGCUUCCGGAGCGUCUGUUGGAAGUUAUACCUGGAGGUCCUUCCUGAAGACAAGGAGCAGUGGAUAAAGAGGACCAAGGAGCACCGGGCUCAGUAUGAGAAGAUCAAGGAGAUGCACAUCACUAACCCCCGCAAGGCUGCAGGCCAGCAGGACCUGGUGGUCAACAAUCCGCUGUCCCAGGAUGAGGGGAGUUUGUGGAACAAGUUCUUCCAGGAUAAAGAGCUGAAGGGGAUGGUCAAGCAGGACGUUUUUAGGACAUUCCCUGAGAUCCGUUACUUCCAGAACGAGGACGUGAGGACCAAGCUAACCGACAUCCUUUUCUGUUACGCCAGAGAGAAUGAGCAUUUACUCUAUAAACAGGGGAUGCACGAGCUGCUGGCUCCCAUAGUGUUUGUGCUACACUGUGACCAUCAAGCCUUCCAACACGCCAGCGAGACAGCCAGCCACAGCGAAGAGAUGAAAUGUCUGUUGAACCCUGCGUACCUCGAACACGAUGCCUAUGCCAUGUUCUCACAGCUGAUGGAGACAGCAGAGCCGUGGUUCUCCACCUUCGAGAGGGAAGUGAGGAAGGGUAAGGAAGAGAUACUAACCAGCAUCCCCUUCGCUCGGCCCCAGGAUGCUGGCCCGUCCGUCGCCGUCGUGACCAAAGUGAACCGCAUCCAGGACCAGCUGGUGAAGAAGCACGACAUCGAGCUACACAUGCACCUGAACCGGCUGGAGAUCGCUCCGCAGAUCUACGGCAUCCGGUGGGUUCGCCUGCUGUUCGGCCGUGAAUUUUCCCUCCAGGACCUGCUGGUUGUGUGGGACGCUCUGUUUGCUGACAGCAUCACUCUGGAUCUCGUGGACUACGUCUUUGUGGCCAUGCUCCUUUACAUCCGAGAUGCUUUAAUCGCAAGUAACUUCCAAACCUGCCUGGGCCUACUGAUGCAUUAUCCUCCCAUAGGAGACAUCAACGCUUUACUGCAAAAAGCUCUGUUUCUCCGAGAUCCCAAAAAUAACCCACGCCCUGUGAACUACCAGUUUCAGCAGAACCUGGAUUACUACAAAACCAGAGGAGCCGACCUGAUGAACAAGACACGCUCUGGUUCUACGGUAAAGGCUGCUCCGCUCAACAUCAACAAGGUGUCCAGCAGCCUGCUGAGCUUCGGCAGAAAGCUCAUCGCUCCGGCCAUGACUGGCGUCUCCAGCAGCGUUGCCCCAAUCAACAGUGAGGUGUACUCCUCAUCCUCUUCAUAUUCUUCCUCUUCCUUGACACCCCCUGCCUCUGCGCCUGCACCCACCCUGUCUCACCCUCUCGCUGAGCCCUCUGCUCCAUCACAGACACACAUCCAGGCCCAGACUCUGAACUACCGUCUGCUGAAAUCUGAAAGUAUGCCAGUCCACCUCAGCAAAGAUGGAGUUUCAGGUGGAGUGUCUCAGGGCUUUCUCCCAGAACAGGCUUUUACUGACACCCAAGGCCAAACCUCGAGGACGGUCAGUUCCUCCCCCAGCAUAGAGAGCCUGUCUGGUGGGCGGGGCCAGUUUACCGCCUCCCCACCUCUGCCACCCUCCAGAGGGAGUGACGUCAGCGGCUCAUCUCCUCCCCUCUCUGCAACCAAGAAGGAGUCCUUCUUCAACAUCACACGCUCUCGUUCCCACAGCAAAAGCAUGGGCAAAAGAGAGACGGACGAGGAUCUGGAAGCCCAGGUAUCCUUUCUGCAGGGCCAGAUUAACGACCUGGAGGCCAUGAGCAAGUACUGCGCUAAGAUGAUGAAUACACACAUCUGUAAAAUCCAGGAGGUGAUUCUCCAAGAGCACGUGGAGAAAGAGGAUGAAGUCCUAAUCUCUCUAGCUGGACUUAAACAGAUCAAAGACAUCCUAAAGGGAGCGCUGCGCUUCAACCAGAGUCAGCUGGAGGCAGAGGAGAAUGAAGAGAUCACCAUCGCUGAUGACCACUACACCUCCACAGCAGCAGCAUCUGAAACCCCUCUGAUCGGCAUGCAUCAACAUGGUGAACCCCAUCAGGGAGCAGACAGCAGGCGGAGCAGAGACUCUUAUUUGGACGGGAGCGCUAGCACGGACGAGAAGGAAGGGGAAGAGCCAGUGACGACCCCACCUGAGCAGCAGGUGGCGUCAUCUCUGGGCUUAGAGGGAAAGAACUGGGAUGAUUACAUCCUCGUGUCUCAGGACGGAGACCUGCUAGCCGAAGGAAGAGAAGCUGAAGGAAAGCAUCCACUUCCAGUCAGGCGAGGGCGUGAUGCCGUGCGAAUGGAGCCCGAAGGCUCAUCUGGGACUUUUCACGACCCCCUGAUGACUGGCACUACGUCAGGCUCCUCCAGCCCAGAGGAGGGCUCCACCAACAGCAAGGACUCAGAAUUUACCAUGGUUAACCCAAAUGACCUGUGAACAAGAAUAUACUUGAGCUCUCCUUCUCUAGUACACAUUCUGUUUCAUAUCCCAUUCAGGGGGGCUGAUAAAACUGACUUUAGAGGGUAGAGAACCAUCUGUUGUUGGUGCAACGCCACUAAAAAGUUGCACAUAUGUGGACUGCGACAUGGAGAGUCACAAAACCCUGAUGCUUUGUCUCUUUAAUCGUCAUGUGUACCAUGCAAGUCCUGUCUGAACUGAUGCUGUGAGCUCUCUCAUCUAUAUAAUGCCUGCUCAGCCUUUUUUGGGUUGCUUUCCCCCCGUUCCUAUUAUGUUUGUUGUAGUACCCUUAUCUGCAGAGAGAGGGUGCUAUUGGACUGCUUACUUUGUCACUACACAGAUAUUCUGAAGGACUUUUUUUUUCCAGGAGAAAAAUCUCUCCUCCUGUGAGGAUGUUUGUAUGAAUGUGGAGAGCCAGCCAUACUUCUGUCUGUGUUAUAUAUGCGUGUCUGUCCUCAUAGGGGACUCCCUCUUCUCUGAUACUGUAACAAAAGAAGGAUGAGGUCCUCCCCGUCACUGUCGAGGGCAGCUUUCUCCUGCUUCUAAACCAGUGCCUCUGAACAUGCUACUUCUCUCAGCCAAACUAAACCUAACUCUGUGAUCUUAUCCUAUGUUUUUGUUAGCUUUUUUUUUUAAAUUUAGAAUGAAUAUUUUUUUAACCCAUUAGAUUAAUUUUCAAGAUAAAGUGAUUAAAUUAAGGAAUGAGUCUGAUUUACUUUUGUUUUUAGAUCUUAUCUAGUUGUAAACAUUUUAAUGUUAUAAUUUGGUUCUCAAAUUGGAUGUGGGUUGUUCUCUGGUUCUGUGCAAAUUAUGUGCGGCAGCACGCAAAGAAUGUCCAUCUAGCUGCCUGUUCGGCAUAAUUAAACCUAGAUCAAUAAAACUAUAUUGCUCUUGCUACAAGCUGA